CAGAAUAAUCUAUUAGGAUAAUCUAUUUUCUUGCGCCAUCUUGCGUUUCCACGAAGUAAAUUCGGUCAAAUUGAGUUUUAUUUUGUUUUGAAAGGCGUAGGCCCAUUUAUAACAACAGAUUAAGCAUUAUCACAUAAGUAAAUAAUUAAUUGUUUACUUUAGUGAAUAAAAUACUAAAUGCUAAAUCAUGAGCAUUUGUACACACUUGUACAGUUGGUAUUCAGCUGUAUAACUUACAGUGUGUCGUUUCCCCGGCGACGGAUUGUUACACAAUUGUUGAAGACCAUCAGGAUAUCGCCGACUGCUUCUUUCUGAAUAGACCCAAGUGAAUUAUCAAUGUCUUACACAAACAUGAAGAAUCAGACUGACUUCAAUCACUCAUUCUGGAGUUUUGGGAAAGAGCAAGAGUUCAAACCUCACAUUAAACACGUUGAUCCCGUUCUGACCGAAUGUGACCUUGACUGGAAAUCCCAUCUGCGCUGGAUACCUGAACCUCGAUAUGGUGAUGCCCCAUUUCCACACAUCAAAGACAUAAAGUUUCCCAGUGAAAGGAAACUGAUGAGGUCAUUCCCACAAGCUAAUAUGAUGUCUGGAUCUGAGUGGAGCUUUUAUCCAAACUUUGGACAGACCACGGUCUAUCACACUGGAAAGAGAUGCUUUAUAGACAGUAUGAAUCAUACAAAAAGAGAAAAUUCCCUGGAAUCAUCUAUAGGGAGAAAAAAGCAGGUCACAGAUAAAUCCCACACAGCAACAAGAGCCAGACCAUUUCUAGUUCCUGAAUAUAGCCCUGGAUUUCACAAAUAUGGAUCAACACUACGCACACCUACUUUUGGGUUUUUUGAUGCAUAUAAAUCACUUAUUCACCCACAUCCCCCAUCAAAAGAUUUCAGAGCAUCAUACAGCGAGAAAAUUGAAGCUCAAGAAAAAGAAAAUGACAUUCUUGAGGUCAAGAGGCUAAGCAGCUGGAAACCUGGAAGGUUUUGAUACCAUUACUGUAUUUAUUACUUUUUGUCACACACAUUGCUGUUUUAUUUAAAGGGACACUUCACUUAUUUUGAAAAUAUGCCUAUUUUACAGCUCCCUAGAGGAAAUAGUCCCCUGCUAUUGAAAGUUACCAAGGGGACUAUUUUCAGGCAGUGCGUAAUAUCAUUGCACCUCCUGCAGCUGUGUUACAGCAGUAAAGUCCUUUUUUAUUACACCAGAAUGAGAGUAUAGUUCUUAGAAAAUCACAACUUUUAAUUUUCCGUCGGUCUUAGUACAUAAUGUAACUACAGAAGAGUCAAAUUAUAAAUAGGAAAAAUGUCAAAACUCUUUGGUUAUUUUUUAGCAUGAUGCUAAUGGUCUAAUCAGAUUCAAUGGAUUGUGCUAAGCUAUGCUAAAAGUGGUACCGCCAGACCCGGAGAUCAGCUGAAUGGAUUUCAAAACGGUAAAAAUCAAAUGUUUAACUCUAGGGUAAAAUGAGCUGGAAAAUGAGCAUAUUUUCAAAAAAGUGAAGUGUCCCUUUAAGAAACUUUGUGGAUCCAGUAAGUAGAGUAGUAACUGAUGACCUUUCUUUGCCUUGUUAUUUGGUGGGGUACAUUCAUUAGAUGUUUUCUAUACUGUACGGACUCACAGUUCUCUUCCUCCCAGAGACAAAGGUAGAAAAGGUCUUUGAAUCAGCCAAAAUACCAAUUACAGGUGUAAAAAAAUGGGGAGCAGUUAGGUAAAGUCUAGUAAUGUUUUUUUGUAAUGUAUAGACCCCUUCAAGGUUGGUAAACAUUGAAUACUAUCGGGUGCGCGCGCAGCAUGGGGUCAAACUGUUCAUACCAUCCAGGCUUUAUAAUUUAACCUAACAGGGCUGAAAAAUUAUGACUUACCUCAAAUGAAGUGAGCACAACAAACACAAGCCUCUUUGAUAUUUGCAUUGUUCCAGUCUGCACGUUAAUUGCUUGUAGCCGCAGAUGUUGUAUUUUUUUGUUUUGGAGAUUCUGCAUGAAUCGCGAAAGCUUAACGGAAGACCUGGUGCGAUUUUCACAGCCCACAACGUAAGUAGGCAUUUUUGACGAUACCGAAUAAUACACAACUCAAUCUGCUGUAAUGGCUUUUCUGACCCCGACAUGCGCACUGGGAAUCACCUGUGACGUGAACCAUGAAGGGGUCUAUAAGGUAAAGCAGUUUCUUUUAUUUGUCUUAUCCGAAUCUAAUUUAAUGUGUUUUUGAAAUAUAUAUAAGCAUACAUCAAUAUAUGUUUGCAUUUAUAGUCUUAAACUAACCGUAAGUGUGUAGUCUAAUAAAAGAAAGAACUUUAAUGACAAUUAAAGUCAACUUGCUUUAAUGCAAUGUAAAGAAA